GUCGGGGCUGGGGGGCCCGCGAGGAGAAUGCUGAUGAGGGAAGGCGCUGCAUUGGAUAGAGGGCCCACCCCGGGGCCAUCCCCUCCACCACACCAUGCCACCGCCCUGCCCAGGCAGCCCUUGGGCACAGCAGCCCACGGAGACAAGAAGCGGGGAGACCUGGGGAGAAGGCUGUGGAGCUGGGGGAGAUGGCUACAAAGAUGAAGAAAAAUGCAGAGAAACAGCAAAACCGAGGUGGGCAAAGGUCCACAAACCCCACAAGGACAAGGACAGGGAAAAGCCCCGUGAAAAGAGAGAAAGGCCCAUCGAGACAAGGGAGCAGACCAAGCAAAGGACCUCAGAGAGAAGGGCAGCUCCAGGACACAGCCCCCUGGGAAAAUGGGGACAGGGGGCAGCUUGUGGAUUUAGAGAGCCACUUGGGAAGAUGGGAACAGGAGGCAGCUCGAGGACACAGAGAGCUCUCCAUGAGGAUGGGGACAAGGGGCAGCUCGUGGACUCAGAGAGCCCACCAGGAAGAUAGAGAGAGGCCCAUGGGAACAGAAAGCACUCCUCAGACACAGGGAGUUUGUCCAUGGUGACAGCAGAAGGCCACGGGCAGGAGGAGAGGCCCACAGAAAUGGGAAUAAGGACACAUGUCACAAAGACAGGGAGGAGGGCCAAAGAGAGUGGGAGAAUGUCAUAGAAAUGGGGGGAGGCCCAAAGACACCAGGGAACCCACAAAGACAAGGAUGCGGACACAAGAGGCCCACUGAGGCAGGAGCAGCCAGCUCAUGGAGACAGGGGAGAAGCCCCCAGAAAUAGAAGUACCGCCAUGGAGGCGAAGGGAUGGGUGCUCCCCUCUCCUUGGGUUCAGGGAGAAGCUCCGGAAACGUGUACAACAGCCCUGAGGGCCAGACGGGGAGGGUCCCCAUGGACACACGGGGACUCCACCUUCCCUGAGCUGUGGGGGUGCAGCCUGGAAGGAAGCAGAGACGAGUCCAUCCGCUACAAGGUCACUUCCUGCAGGGGGUCCUGCGGCUCAACUUCCCCGCCCUCGCCCUCCGGAGGUCGCGUGCCUCAACUUCUCCGACUUUCCCCUCCACCCUGCCGCGGCUCCCCAGCGUCCUCCCCAAGAUGGCGCCCGCAGCCUCGCUCCGCCUCCUGACGUCAUCGCGCUGGCCUGUCGUCUCGAGCUGCCAGGAGGAGUCGACGAGGAGCCCAGGGCCUCACUGCCGCCAUGACUGAGGAGUCAGAAGAGACGGUUCUCUACAUUGAGCACCGCUAUGUCUGCUCUGAGUGCAACCAGCUCUAUGGAUCCCUGGAGGAGGUGCUCAUGCACCAGAACUCCCACGUGCCCCAGCAGCACUUUGAGCUGGUGGGCGUGGCCGACCCUGGAGUCACUGUGGCCACAGAGGCAGCUUCUGGCACUGGCCUCUAUCAGACCAUAGUGCAGGAGAGCCAGUACCAGUGCCUGGAGUGCGGGCAGCUGCUGAUGUCACCCAGCCAGCUCCUGGAGCAUCAGGAGCUGCACCUGAAGAUGAUGGCACCCCAGGAGGCAGUGCCAGCUGAGCCACCACCCAAGGCACCCCCACUGAGCUCCAGUACCAUCCACUACGAGUGUGUGGAUUGCAAGGCUCUCUUUGCCAGCCAGGAGCUCUGGCUGAACCACCGGCAGACGCACCUCCGGGCCACUCCCACCAAGCCUCAAGCUCCAGUUGUCCUGGGGUCCCCAGUUGUCCUAGGGCCCCCUGUGGGCCAGGCCCGCGUGGCCGUGGAGCACUCCUACCGCAAGGCAGAAGAGGGUGGUGAGGGGGCAGUUGUGCCCUCUGCCGCUGCCACCACCACUGAGGUGGUGACUGAGGUAGAGCUGCUCCUCUACAAGUGCUCGGAAUGCUCCCAGCUCUUCCAGCUGCCAGCCGACUUCCUGGAGCACCAAGCCACCCAUUUUCCUGCUGCUGCCCCAGAGUCUGAGGAGCCUGCCUUGCAGCAAGAGACCCUGAAUCCAUCACCUGCAGAGGUGCCUGUGUCUCAGCCUGACCCCCUGCCAUCCUCUGAUCACAGUUAUGAGCUACGCAAUGGUGAAGCCAUUGGUCGAGACCGCCGGGGGCGUAAGGCCCGGAAGAACAACAAUGGAGAGCCAGGUGGGGCAGCCACCCAGGAGCUCUUUUGUUCAGCCUGUGACCAGCUCUUUCUUUCGCCUCACCAGCUACAGCAGCACCUACGGAGUCACCGGGAGGGCAUCUUUAAGUGCCCCUUGUGCAGUCGUGUCUUCCCCAGCCCAUCCAGUCUGGACCAGCAUCUUGGUGACCACAGCAGCGAGUCUCACUUCUUGUGUGUGGACUGUGGCCUGGCUUUUGGCACAGAGGCACUCCUCCUGGCCCACCGGCGAGCCCACACUCCAAAUCCUCUGCAUUCGUGUCCAUGUGGAAAGACCUUUGUCAAUCUCACCAAGUUCCUUUAUCACCGGCGUACCCAUGGGGUGGGGGGUGUUCCUCUGCCCACAACACCAGUUCCACCAGAGGAGCCUGUCAUUGGUUUCCCUGAGCCAGCCCCAGCAGAGACUGGAGAGCCAGAGGCCCCAGAGCCCCCCACGUCUGAGGAGAGCUCAGCAGGGCCUGCUGCCCCAGGCACCUACCGCUGCCUCCUGUGCAGCCGUGAAUUUGGCAAAGCAUUGCAGCUGACCCGGCACCAGCGUUUUGUGCACCGGCUGGAACGGCGCCAUAAGUGUGGCAUUUGUGGAAAGAUGUUUAAGAAGAAGUCUCAUGUGCGUAACCACCUCCGCACACACACAGGCGAACGGCCCUUCCCCUGCCCGGACUGCUCCAAGCCCUUCAACUCACCUGCCAACCUGGCCCGCCACAGGCUCACACACACAGGGGAGCGGCCCUACCGGUGUGGGGACUGCGGCAAAGCUUUUACACAAAGCUCCACGCUGAGGCAGCACCGCCUGGUGCAUGCCCAGCACUUCCCCUAUCGCUGCCAGGAGUGCGGAGUGCGUUUUCAUCGCCCCUACCGCCUGCUUAUGCACCGCUACCACCACACAGGCGAGUACCCCUAUAAGUGUCGCGAGUGUCCCCGCUCUUUCCUGCUGCGCCGACUGCUGGAGGUGCACCAGCUUGUGGCCCAUGCUGGGCGCCAGCCCCACCGCUGCUCAUCCUGUGGGGCUGCCUUCCCUUCCUCACUGCGGCUCCGCGAGCACCGCUGUGCAGCUGCUGCUGCCCAGGCCCCACGGCGCUUUGAGUGUGGCACCUGUGGCAAGAAAGUAGGCUCUGCUGCUCGGCUGCAAGCACAUGAGGCAGCCCAUGCAGCUGCAGGGCCUGGAGAGGUCCUGGCUAAGGAGCCCCCAGCCCCUAGGGCCCCAAGGGCCACUCGCACCCCAGUUGUCUCCCCAACAACCCUUGGAGGCACUGCUACUGCGGCCCCUGCAGCCCCUGCCCGACGCCGGGGCCUGGAGUGCAGUGAGUGCAAGAAGCUAUUCAGCACAGAGACAUCACUGCAGGUACACCGGCGCAUCCACACAGGCGAGCGGCCAUACCCGUGUCCAGACUGUGGCAAGGCCUUCCGUCAGAGUACCCACCUGAAGGACCACCGGCGCCUGCACACAGGUGAGCGGCCCUUUGCUUGUGAAGUGUGUGGCAAGGCCUUUGCCAUCUCCAUGCGUCUGGCAGAACAUCGCCGCAUUCACACAGGUGAACGGCCCUACUCCUGCCCCGACUGUGGCAAGAGCUACCGUUCCUUCUCCAACCUAUGGAAGCACCGAAAGACCCACCAGCAGCAGCAUCAGGCAGCUGUGCGGCAGCAGCUGGCAGAAGCGGAGGCCGCUGUAGGCUUGGCUGUGAUGGAGACUGCAGUGGAGGCACUGCCCUUGGUGGAGGCCAUUGAGAUCUACCCUCUGGCUGAGGCGGAGGGGGUCCAGAUCAGUGGCUGACCCUGCCCCAUUGCCCUCUUCAGCACUGCCAUGCUCUGUUGCUGAAGAACGUCCUCCAGUAUCCCCUUAAAUUUCUGUACAUACUGUCCCCUUCUUUCACCCCUCCCAAUCACCACAUAAGUUCUGUAACUGAAUUUGGUCUUUCUCCUGAGGGGGGCUGUAGAGUCCUUGAUAUGCAUAAAGGUGCGCCCCCUUCCGUCUGUUAGCAUUGGUGGCUACACGGUGAAACAGUCAAUAAAGACUGAGUUGGACAUUUA